AUCCUCUCCAAAUCGUCAAGGUUUCGAGGCUGUCGCUUGGCAACUGGAAGCUUCAGCUCCCUCCACAGUUUCUGUGGGGUUCAGGUCUGGAGACCGGCGAGGCCAGAUGCUCGCUUUGUCCCCUGACGCUCUGUGUCCCCCUCAGGCCCCGCUCGGGCGGUGGUGGCGGCGGCCCCGGGGGCCCGCGGCGGCAGAAGGAGCUGCCGUCGGAGCCUCCGUUCACGGCGUACGUGGGGAACCUGCCGUUCAACACGGUGCAGGGAGACAUCGACAUCAUCUUCAAAGAGCUCAACAUCCGCAGCGUCCGAUUGGUCCGAGACAAAGAGACAGACAAGUUCAAAGGGUUUUGUUAUGUGGAGUUUGAAGAUUUGGAAUCUCUAAAAGAAGCUUUGACGUACGACGGUGCUCUGUUGGAACAGAGGUCACUGAGGGUGGACAUCGCAGAGGGACGGAGACAAGAGCGAGGGGGAGGCGGCUUCGGCUUCAGGAAAGACGAAGGCAGAGGACGAGGAGGUCCUCGAGGAGCUCCCAGAGGAGGAGGAUGCCGUGACUUCCGGGAGGACUUCGACCAUCAGGGAGGAGGUUUUAGAGACGACGACUACAUGGGAGGGCGGAGUCGAGGCGGCGGCGGUCGCCCCGGGGACAGAAGGGGUGGGGGCGGAGACAGGGGACAGGUUCGCUACAGAGAGGGAGCUCCCCGAGGAGGAGCGACAGACUUCAGGGAACCGUCUGAAGGUGACGUCACUUCCUGUCCGCCAGACGGACAAUCAGACCUUAAUUAGUGUGUGUGUUCAGUCAUUCAGCCGAAAAAUCUUCUGAAAUCAGGGAUCAGUUCGGUUGAUUCUUAGAUCAGCGAUUCGGCCGGCUGAAUCUUGAUUUUUUGGAGUUUAUUAAAGUUAAAGGAGAGCUGAUGAGAAGCAGAAACUGGAUCAGUGUGUAAACGUUUCCUCUCUGUCUGUCUGUCUGUCUGUCUGUCUGUCUGUCU